AUGUAUCGGAUUUCUGCCUGUGGAUGUAAUAGCCUUAAUGAGAAUUAUAUUCAAUUGGAUAAUAUCCUAUUUGAAAAACAAUUUUAUGAAUAUAUUGAUAUUCAGCCAUAUCUUCCAAAUGAUGUCGUAAAGCGAUAUCGAUUUAUAAAAGAUUUGCAGCUCAUGUUUCCAAUAGGUGUAUAUAGAUACCAUCAAGGCAAUUAUUUAGGAACUAUUAACUAUGUAUGGAGAAUUCCGAAGAUUGAGGUUUUUGAUGAUGAGCAUGAAACUUUGAAAGCAUGUAUGCUGACUAGGAUUCACGAAGAAUUACCUCACUAUUUUACACGGCAGAUGCGAAAGAAUGUGCUAAAUAAGGCAAUAAUAAUACAAUAA